AUGGACCCAAUGCCUCUCGCGAACCUCGGACAACGACGGGAAGCGACCACACGGCGAUCCUCCAACUUCACGGCUGGUGACUGGUGGAUACUCGGGUCUACCAACUACGCUAUAGUCGACCCGGGAAAGCCGCGGGCUUCCAGCGAUCUCGUACAGCGGUUUGAUAGGCCGAAGCAGCUCACAGAUGACUUGCACGAGGCAGUGUGGUUCUCCACCAGACCCAGAUCCAAAACGAUCGGCUUCCUUGAACGGGGGGGAAUUGGCAGCCUCCGCAGUUCGCAGCAUGAGAUUGCGGGAGUGACAGGCGAUUGCGAGCCACGAGCAUUGCAAAAUAACUACAGGUACAGAAGGGCUUCAGUUGCAGACUCGACAAACUGCACGGAGAACAACUUUUGGUCAGUGACCAGUGAUCACCCAACGGUUUCUCGGGGGCGAAGUGCCUUCAUCAGGGUCCCUGCUACUAAAGGUUCGCUUUGUGUCCCAGGCAGCUCUUCAACCACUGUGAAGUACCAUGCCAAGCUGCCUUCCUUUCGAGCCAUCGUGCGGCAUCUGCAAGAGGACUCUCAGCGCCGUCGCCUCAGCGAACUCAGUGCGGAGGGGCAGAGCACUGAAAGAGUGCCCAGCAUGCUUUUUGCAUCUUCAGAUACUAUGACCACUUGGGCAAGGACCCCUAGCUCAGGAGUGAAGGAUGAGUUGAACGCUAGAAGGGGGACACGAAGCGUCGGAUUUGACACCUCCGACAGCAUUGCACGAUCGACAGAUUCCUUAUACCACAAGUUGGCAAGAGAAAGGUUCAAGAGAAGCUUCACGCGCCUAGCCACCCGAUUGAACACUUCAGUUCCCUGCGGACAGCCAGAGGAAACAGAAACCGAUGUAGCUCUGAAGGCGGACAACUUGGACCCUACCGUUGCAGAUCUCUGCAAACAAACAGUAUGUGUGUUGAAGCGACUCGAGGAGCACGCGCAUCUGCUAUACAAGGAGAUGCGCAGCUUGCAGCGAGCUGCUGAGAUCGCAGAGGAGAUGGUGUCCCAACUGAAACCUGAAUUCGAAGAAAGUAACCUUCAGGAUGGAUCACUGAGGAAAACAAGCGGCCCUCAAGAUCGAUUCGGUAUUGGCAGCUUGCAGCUGUUUGGGCUAGAAAUUGAAGAACCUCACGCUGCUAUGACCGAUACUCAGUUGCAGGAAAUAAAGAAAGCCGCGGAAGCUGCACGAGGGCAGCGAAAGCUUCAACUGGACGCCCUGAAGUGGCUAAGCGAGCCCUUAAGCACUGCCUGUGAAUGCCAGGAACAAUUCAGGAAAGCCCCAGCAUCACAAGUUUGUUCUGCUCUCAACACCUUCGAUACAGUGGCGGAGAGCUGGUCGACUGGGGAACCAAAGACGCCUUUGCUUCUGCCGGUGGCGCUGGCGGCUCUUGCAUGCGCAAUGGCUUACAAUGCUUGCACCGUUGGGUCUACUGAAGUGGCAGUUCAGAGCCUUGCAAGCUUAUUGUUCCACAGUGGAUCAGGGAAAGCAGCUGAACAAGUGGCACAGGAUAAUUUCCGGCACUCUGUAAUGCACGAUUCAGUACUGGAGCAGAGAAAGCUCAUUGAGGGCAUUGCGGUGAGGAUGCUUGGUCUUGUCCUAGAUCACGAUGAGCCCAAAUCAAGCUGCCGUACGUCAUCGCAGUUGCAGGUCCCACGUGGGGGACGCAUUCCUUCUGUGUUGGCCAGCACGCAAGAUAUGCCCGGCGAUCCCACGGAAGCGCAUUCGCCGACGCGAAGUUGCUUCUUCUUCGUUGUAUCUGUGGCUCAAGAAGCAAUCACUGCUAUCCAUGAGGCUGGCGGUGGACCUGGGGACCCCGUGUCUCUAGAGCGUGAAGCUGAACUGCACCGCGACCCAAGAUAUGCUCGGAAUGAAAGAGCUCUGCUGCAGAAGCUGGAAUUUGCUUUUUUGGAGCUGCGCUUGCACAUAAACAAACUUUUGGCUUUCCGCUUGGCACUGAGCGAACUGGGAUGCACGCAGCAAGCAUGGGAAAAGGCCACUCGACUUACUGUUCAUAACCAGCUCGAAAUGUUCCUGGGUAUUCUCAUUUUGAGUGGAGGCGUUAAGAGAAUCGAUCAUUAG